UUUACAUCGUCUCUUUCCAUUUCUUUCACUUAAAAAAAAAAAAACAAGAAAAGACAUCAGAGUGACAAAAAGAUGUGUGGAGGUGCCAUAAUCUCCGACUAUGAACCCGUCGGAAACCGCUGCCGGAAAAUCACUGCUCGUGACCUCUGGGCUGAGCUUGACCCUAUCUCCGACUUCUGGUCUUCCUCUUCCUCCUCCAUUGCCGGCAAAUCUGAUUCCGUUCAGUCGCCAACCCAGUCCUACAAUAAGCCUCAGAAAUCAGAUUCCGGCAAACUUAAUCAACUCGAAAAAGGUGGUACAAGUGUGAAGGUUGAGAAGGAGAGCCACCCAAGGCCGAGGAAGAACAAAUACAGAGGAAUAAGGCAGAGACCAUGGGGAAAAUGGGCUGCUGAGACACGUGAUCCUCAGAAAGGCGUUCGCGUGUGGUUAGGUACAUUCAACACGGCUGAGGAAGCUGCAAGGGCAUAUGACGAGGCUGCAAAACGAAUCCGCGGUGACAAGGCUAAGCUCAACUUUCCGGAGCCACCAGCCAAGCGACACUGCACUAGCACCAUUUUAGAGAGUUCUGACAUUAUGUCUGAGAAUCCGGCCUCAAUGAUGAAUUUCGGAUAUGAAAACCCAACACCCUACUACCCCAUCGAAAUGGCUGCUGCUGAGGAUCCUCAACUUCAUGAUUAUGAGCUCAAGGAACAGAUUUCCAACUUGGAGUCAUUCCUGGAUUUAGAUCCAGACUCAUCUCCAUUCUCAAGGGAUAUGUUUCUGAUGGAUGACUAAUUUGCUGCAACUCAGCAGCAGGAGCAGCUGUUCUACUGAACAGAGUAAAAAUUAUCAUAUAAGUUGUUUGGUGUGCAUUUUCUGAUGAUGAGUGACUGGUUAGCUUUUGGUAGUACGUAUAGUACAAUAUAAUGCAGAAACUACAUACAUACAAUAAUAAGUUGCGUGCCUUUGCAUGCAAUUUGUAAUAUUAAUGUCAUGUUGUCUUGUGCUGUUUAUGGUUUCUAAAUCUUGGAUUACGCUUA